AUGGUUUCGUCCAAACUUGGCGUAUUCUACUGUAGAUGUAUAUUCAUCCCACAAAAUGUGGUUUAUUCUGUUGGCUGUGAAGGCUGUGUUUCUUCCGAUGGCUCACUGGACGAAUAUUUAAUGAAUGCCCCGUUUUUUUAUAUUCACUUUUUAAGAAAUCCACUAGUUAUGGAUAUCUUAUAUUUUUUAUGGAUAUUGCCUACUGUAAUGGGUGUCGAAGAGAUUUUAAUGGACUCCACAACAGCCACAGCAGAGUUGGGCUGGACUAUAUACCCGUCGUUAGGGUGGGAGGAGGUGAGCGGCUACGACGAGAACCUGAACACCAUCCGCACCUACCAGGUGUGCAACGUCUUCGACACCCACCAGAACAACUGGGUGCGCACCAAGUUCAUCCGCAGGGGUGGAGCCCAGCGCAUCCACGUGGAGAUCAAGUUCUCCGUGCGCGACUGCAGCAGCAUCCCCAAUGUGCCGGGCUCCUGCAAAGAGACCUUCAACCUCUACUACUUUGAGGGCGACUCGGACAUCGCCACCAAGGUGUCGCCGGCCUGGAUGGAGAACCCGUGGAUCAAGGUGGACACCAUCGCCGCCGACGAGAGCUUCUCGCAGGUGGACCUGGGCGGCCGCGUGAUGAAGAUCAACACGGAGGUGCGCAGCUUCGGCCCCGUCUCGCGCAAGGGCUUCUACCUGGCCUUCCAGGACUACGGGGCCUGCAUGUCCAUCAUCGCCGUGCGUGUCUUCUACCGCAAGUGUCCCCGCGUGGUCCGCAAUGGGGCUGUGUUCCAGGAGACGCUGUCGGGAGCGGAGAGCACCUCGCUGGUGGCGGCCAGGGGCAUGUGCGUACUUAAUGGAGAGGAAGUGGACGUGCCCAUCAAGCUGUACUGCAACGGCGACGGCGAGUGGAUGGUGCCCAUAGGCCGCUGCAUGUGCAAGGCUGGGCACGAGGCGGUGGAGAACGGCACCGUCUGUAAAGCCUGUCCCAUGGGCUCCUUUAAAGCGGCCCAGGGGGACCACUUGUGUCAGAAGUGCCCCAUCAACAGCCGCACCACCACUGAGGGGGCGACAAACUGCAUCUGCCUCAACGGCUACUACCGCACCGACACCGACCCGGCACAGAUGCCCUGCACCACGAUCCCCUCCGCAGCCCAGAACGUGAUCUCCAGCGUGAACGAGACGUCUCUGCGGCUGGAGUGGAGCGCGCCGCGGGAGUCAGGCGGCCGCGACGACGUCGUCUACAACAUCAUCUGCAAGAGCUGCGGCGCGGGCCGCGGGGCCUGCACGCGCUGCGGCGACAACGUGCAGUUCAUGCCACGUCAGCUGGGCCUCACUGAGCCGCACGUGCACAUCAGCGACCUGCUCGCACACACGCAGUACACCUUCGAGAUCCAGGCCGUCAACGGCGUGUCCGACCAGAGCGUCUACUCACCGCACUUCUCCUCGGUCAACAUCACCACCAAUCAGGCUGCCCCAUCCUCUGUGUCUAUUAUUCAUCAAGUCAGCAGGACUGUGGAUAGCAUAACGCUGUCCUGGUCUCAACCAGACCAACCCAACGGGGUUAUCCUCGACUACGAGCUCCAGUACUACGAGAAGAGCAUGGCGGAGUUGAACUCCUCCACCACGAGGAGCCAGACCAACACCGCGGUCAUCUGGGGCCUGAAGCCCGGCACCAUCUACGUGUUCCAGGUGCGGGCCAGAACCGUGGCCGGCUUCGGACGCGUCAGCGGGAAAAUGUACUUCCAGACCAUGACCGAAGAGGAGUAUAACUCUAGUCUGAAGGAGAAGCUGCCUCUCAUCAUCGGCUCAGCGGCUGCAGGCGUCGUUUUUCUCAUAGCCAUCGUUGUCUUUGUCAUUGUGUGCAAUAGGUGUGGGUGUGGGUGUGUACUGUGCAGGAGGAGCACUGACAGGACAGAGUCGGAGUACACAGACAAGCUGCAGCACUACACCAGCGGCCACAUGUCUCCAGGAAUGAAGAUCUACAUUGACCCCUUCACCUAUGAGGACCCCAAUGAGGCAGUGCGUGAGUUUGCCAAAGAGAUCGAGACGUCCUGUGUGAAGAUCGAGGAAGUCAUUGGUGCAGGAGAGUUUGGAGAGGUGUGCAGUGGGAACCUGAAGCUCCCGGGGAAGAGAGAGAUCCUGGUGGCCAUCAAGACGCUCAAGACAGCCUACACCGAGAAGCAGAGGCGGGACUUCCUGUCGGAGGCCAGCAUCAUGGGCCAGUUUGACCACCCCAACAUCAUCCACCUGGAAGGGGUGGUCACCAAGAGCAGCCCCGUGAUGAUCAUCACAGAGUUCAUGGAGAAUGGUUCCUUAGACUCUUUCCUCAGGCAAAACGACGGGCAGUUUACUGUCAUCCAGCUGGUGGGCAUGAUGCGUGGCAUUGCAGCGGGCAUGAAGUACCUGUGCGACAUGAACUACGUGCACCGUGACCUCGCCGCCCGCAACAUCCUGGUCAACAGCAACCUGGUCUGCAAGGUCUCUGACUUCGGCCUCUCGCGGUUCCUGGAGGACGACACGUCCGACCCAACCUACACGAGCGCGCUGGGAGGGAAGAUCCCCAUCAGAUGGACUGCGCCCGAGGCCAUUCAGUACAGGAAGUUCACCUCCUCCAGUGACGUGUGGAGCUACGGCAUCGUCAUGUGGGAAGUGAUGUCAUACGGAGAGAGGCCGUACUGGGACAUGAGCAACCAAGAUGUCAUCAAUGCCAUUGAGCAAGACUACAGGUUACCGCCCCCUAUGGACUGUCCCACGGCAUUGCACCAGCUCAUGCUGGACUGCUGGCAGAAGGACCGCAACAACCGGCCCAAAUUCAGCCAGAACGUCAACACCCUAGACAAGAUGAUUCGUAAUCCCAACAGCCUGAAAGCCAUGACUCCGCUCUCGUCAGGAGCACAUCUACCUCUGCUGGACCGCUCCACGCCAGACUUCUCCAGCUUCAGCACCGUGGACGAGUGGCUCGAGGCCAUCAAGAUGGGCCAGUACAAAGAGACCUUUGCCGAAGCAGACUACAUCACCUUCGAGGCCGUCUCCCAGAUGACCAUGGAUGACAUCACGAGAAUCGGGGUGACGCUGGCAGGCCACCAGAAGAAGAUCUUCAACAGCGUCCAGAUGAUGCGGGCACAGAUGAAUCAGAUCCAGUCUGUGGAGGUCUAAGACUCUCUCUCUCUCCCUCUCUCCCUCUCUCACACACACACACACACACACACACACACACACACACACACACGCAGGAAGGAAGGAAGGGCACGGGGUGUGUGCCCCCUAAAUGGCAGCGCCCACCAUCCACUCCUCCUCCUCCUCCUCCUCUUUCCUCCUUCCUCUCAGACUGGUCUCCCCAGCCUCCCAGUCUUGCGGUGGCAACAGCUCCUGUAGGAGCUCCUUCGCACCUCCAUGCUCCUCCUCCAUCUUCUUCGCCGGCUCCUCUUCUUCCUCCUCCAGCCUUGAGCUCCACAGCCACCAGCACAGACCAGACCAAGUCUCCAAGUCUGCCAAACCCAGCGGCCAAAUCAGUGACUGUCAACAAAAUUCCUCAGAACUCUGAACCAGCUCACUGUCAUUUUGUUUAUUGUUAUUAUUAUUAUUAUUAUUAUUAUUAUUGGGUGUUACAUGGAAUCCCUCCUGGACGAGAGCUUACUUAUUUAGAGACAAGUGCACAUUGUAUGCGGAAUUUGAGCAUGAGUUUCAAGCGCUAACUUAAAUCCCUUUCAAACUAUGUAUUUGGACUAUUUUAUCUUAAAGCAUAUAUUUCAAUUUCACAUUUUCCCUUUCAACCCAUCCAUCUAAAUAUACCACCUACGACACAGUCUUUCACAUAUCAGACGCACUUAGUUUUCUCACGUCACCCAUGCCUGCCAGUGCUUUGCCAUUUGAAAGGAGAGAUUUCCCAGGUUAUUUUGAUACUUUUCCCGUUUCUGUUGACUCCUCUGAUGUGACUAUGUGCACCUCAGUGGAGAGAUCACUGGUGCCACAACUCCCUCAGUGGAUGUUUAUGUCUGAAGAGUUUAAGGGACCUUUUAUUUGAUUUUGUUUAUGUUAUCGUCAUGUUUGGGAUAGUGCCAUAGCGAGUGAGAUAUUCCCUCCAUGACGAUAACUCUCGUCUCUCUUGUGAAAUAAGGGUGCUGUGUGGUACUAUAGACUAAUGGCAGCUCACAAAGCCUGAACAGCAAAUGAGGAGACCUCUAGGGAGAGUGAUGUGAAGACACUUUACAAAUCUUUUUUUGGUAUUGUUUUGCUUUUUUUUUUCAAAGCAUCUUUUGUAAUGGUGCUUUGUGAUUUUUAAUACUGGAAUCUGUCACAUGAUAAAAACAAUGUCCUUUCCAUAGGUGUAGUGUAGAGCAGUUGAUCUGUACAAAAUCUGUGCAAAAUGUGUCCAAGUUGUCAUGAUGUUAUGUACAUACAAUAUGUUUGUUAUAUUUGCUACAGCUCUUAUGCACUCUCCUGUGGACGUGCAUUGUGAUGUUUUAUGGAUGGAGGCGGGUUUUUUUUACUUUCUUUUUUUCUUUUUUCUCUUGUUGUUCCGGUCCUCUUGGUUUGGCUUUUCAAAGUAGUCAUCGGAGACGUGUGAAUCGAUCAAACUGAAUGAACUGGAGGGUUUUGUGUCCCAGUUUCAGAUGAGUGUUUGCGUGUUGGGCCACUCAGUCCCACAGGCUGCUGAGUCACGUUUGGGUUGUGUAUUUCUUCUCGGAGUCACACAUGACUCGGGCUAACUAAAGCCGGCUCAGUGGAGCUACUCUGCUCUAGUGUGUCUCACCCUUCUGUGUGCUUCCAGUCGGAAUUCCUCUCUCAAUCUGCAGUGUUUCCCCACAUUGACACGUUACAUUGUUGAAUGGCUCAAAAUGGUACAGUUUAAUAUUACUAGAACGGCUGAAAACACCCAAAAAUGAGUGGAUGUAUGACAAGGGGAGAGACCAUUAUCAGAGCCCUGCCCUCCAACUGAUUGUCUUGGAAUCUCCCAGCUGCAUACAGAUGAGAUCUAAAAUGCCUCUCAUGACCUAAAUAGACCUGGGCUGUGGACCAAGUAACUCAUGGUCAUCUUAGUCCACCCAUUGGCCCAUGCGUCACCCCUGAUCAGUCAUCCUUCGCUGGCCUCCUCUAUUCACAGCGUAUGCCACUGACCCCCCCGAACCCUCUGCCACUUUGCUUUAGAUUGAAGUCAAUGUGCCCCCUAGUGUGCAUAGAAAAGUGAUUGUGAGACGUUUCACUCACCAUGGUGUCAAAGAAACGUUCGAUUUUUUUCAUCGAUUAAGGAAAUAUUUAUUUGGUCUCUCUGUACCAGAUGCAAGUGGCCCUGCCCUGGCCCUGCCCUUGCCCUGCCCUGGCCCUGCCCCCCCCCACCACCACCACACUACUGUAGAAGAGUGAGUGCCUGAGAGAGCAGCACAGAGGAGAUCAUUGGAUCGUAUUUUAAAAAUCAGUAUUAGUCUUUUGGCCACAUGUUUGGAUAUAGUACCAAAAAUUGAUCAGAUGAAUAAGAAAUUAGUAUUUUUCUGUGUCUAUCUGAAUAUGAAAGCUGACCUGCAAGCGUAUAUUGUGAUAUGUGAAGAGUUGAAGAGAUUAUUGUCCAUAUGGGCAGUUUACCACUUUUAAACUGGAAAACUGGUAUUGACAGUAUAUUAAACAGACACUUAUUAUGUGCAAGCCCUCCUUUCAACCCAACAAAUGGACGACUGAUGUAAUCAGUGAAACAUUACUUUUGCCAUUGUGUUUCUGAUAUGUAUUAUAUGUUGCUGUGUUCAUCAUCUCAUUGGCACUUGCAUUGUGGGAUGCAGAUACCUCCGACUGUCAGUCUGACUGACUAGUUUUAGUAGCCCACAAACAUUUGCACUUGAAAAAUGCUAGAAUGACUUAAAAUCUUUGGGUUCACUUUGCUUUGUAUCUUGCUACCACAUAGCCUCCCCAUUUUUCAAUUAACAAAAAUGUCGGGGAUGGUAUGCAAAGCUCUUAAGUCAUUGCACUGCAGACCCAGAACGUACAGAGAAAGUAACACCUAUGUUGGAAUUGAAUUAAUUAAUUCUAAUGUGGAAAUGAUAUGACAUGUCUGCCUUUGGAAUCAUUUCCAGAUCAUUUUCGUGUUAUUUCAUUUGCGGGAUGCAAAAAAAAAUUCAGAUAUCUGAAGACCCUUUUACCCUUUUUUCCAUUUGUCAAAGAUCCACGUGUUUGUUCUGUACUUUCAGGAGCUACCUUCUGUAUGAGUUUGAGAAUGCAAUGGUAUUUCCAAUGACGAACAAACUUCCUGGAAACAUGUUUACUGAUUUGUUAUUUCCGUGUUUCUUUAUUGGUACAGAAGUGUUGUGCUAUGGUGUAUGAUAGAGGCCUAAAGCAGUUUUGACGUCGUGAGGGUGAAUUACAGAAAUUCACACUUCACUCCUCCACUUUCCAGGUUUAGUAGGCCUAUGUGAAAUAUCUAUGUUUAGUCCACAGCAAAAUAGGGGUAUUGUUUCUUGUAAUAUAGCCUACAUCUUUCAUUUUGUUGCUGUAGAAAGGAUAAAAAAAAAACGAAAAGAAAGGCGACGCACCCACAUGUGACUCAGUAGCUCUGUGAGCUAACGAACUGAUGAAACCAGUCUGAAAACAUUAUGCCUAAUGUGCAACAUGGAUUCUGACACACAAUGAUGCCCACCAAAUACAAGUAACGCCUGAAAUCCCAGCUCCGAGGGACAGGUGUUUUGUACACACCGGGCAUGAAUCUCACGCCGUUCUACGUGAUUAACCUGCACCGUGUCUUUAGCCUAUUCCCCUCCAUGAACUCCCGGUUCUAACGGAUCCAGUCCGUCUCAGUCGAUGCCGUCGGUUGGCUGAGCAGUGCAGCCUGUCCAGACCGCAAGGUUGCCAGCAAGACGUCCUGUAUUCUGUAUAAAUGUACAUUUGCUGUAACCCUGUGAAUGAUGUUACAAUCAAAAUUAUUUGUAAUAUUGUUAUUGGUUUAUUUUCUAAAAAAAAAAAAAAAGAAAGAGGAAUAAAAGAAAAGAAGAUGGAAGCCUGUUAUGACUUUCCUCAAUAAAAAAGGAAACACUGAA